UAAACCGAGGCAAAAAGUUUUCAUUCCUCUCUCUCUUUCUCCCCCCCUCUCUCAUUUCUUUUGUCGCAGAUCGACCAAAACCUCUGAUCUCCAUUAAUCGAUCCAAACUUCGAUCAAACCCAAAUGCGGAUACCCAGAAAAGGUUCGAUCUUUACACUUUUUGAAUCCAAGCUCUCUCCCUAGAGUCUCCAAUUUUUAUUCAGUUCAUCAAUUUGUAAAAUUGUAAAAGGUCGCAACUUUAGAUAGAAAACAGAGAUGAGUCAUCAUUCGAAAGGCAAGAAUGAAGAAGAUUGGUCGAUUAGGUUGAUAAAGGUUGUAUCUUUCAUGGUUGUAUUCAUGGCUGGUGCUGUUUUGGGAUUAUCACUAACUUCCCAUAUUACCCCUUAUUUUCACACACAAUCUGAGCUCUUCUUCCCUAAAAGAAUGUACUCCACAAACUGUGCCAAGGAUAACACUAGCUUAGCGAGUUUCGUUAGCCCGAGCAAUUUGAUGCAUGAUAUGAGUGAUGAUGAGCUCUUUUGGAGGGCUUCAUUGGUGCCGAAGAAGGAGAAGUUCCCAUUUAAGAGAGUUCCGAAGGUUGCGUUCAUGUUCAUGACGAGGGGAGCAUUGCCAUUGUUGAAGUUGUGGGAGAUGUUUUUCGCGGGGCACGAAGGGUUUUAUUCGAUUUAUGUGCAUUCUCUUCCCGGGUAUAAGCUUAUUGUCAAUGAUAGCUCUCCAUUCUAUGGGAGGCAGAUUCGAAGUGAGGAGACCUCAUGGGGUUCGAUAUCACUAGUAGACGCAGAGAAACGUCUCUUAGCCAAUGCUCUAUUAGAUUUCUCCAACGAACGCUUUGUGCUCAUCUCUGAGAGCUGCAUUCCCGUCUUCAAUUUCCCCAACGUCUACAACUAUCUAGUGAACUCUAUUCACAGCUUCGUCGAAUCUUAUGACGAAGACUCUCCUCGUGGCCGUGGUCGUUACAGUCGCCGUAUGUGGCCCGACAUUAAGCUCUCAAAAUGGAGAAAAGGGUCAGAAUGGUUUGAGCUCAACCGAGAAUUAGCUGUGAACAUUGUUGCUGACUUUAAGUACUAUAAUUUAUUCAGAAAGUACUGCAAGCCCUCUUGUUAUCCGGACGAGCAUUAUAUCCCUACUUACUUGAACAUGUUCUAUGGAGCUCUGAACUCGAACAGGACGGUGACCUGGGUCGACUGGUCGAGGGGCGGGCCCCACCCAGCAAGAUACGGGCACAGGGCAAUCACGGAGGAAUUCAUCCAGUCGAUAAGAGAGAAUGCUACUCUCUGUAGCUAUAACUUUGAGGAGACUAGCAUGUGCUAUCUCUUUGCAAGGAAAUUUGCACCAAGUGCUCUGGAGCCUUUACUUAGACUUGCAUCAACACUCAUGGAAUUUUGAACGCUCGAUUCAUACUGAACUAUAGAAGAAUUACACUGUUUUACUUCAUGGAUGUGUCAGAAAGGUAUACUUUUAGAUUUUUUUUCCCCAGCAAAACUUACGAGUGUUUAUCUGGCUAUCAAGGUUUUUGUUUACAAGCUAGAGAAGUAUGAAGUGGAUUAUGAGGGAGAUACUGAUCAAAUGCUAGUGAUGUGAAUACAAAGUGCAAGGUUACUUUCUUAUAUCAUUUUUUGCUCUAUAUAUGGAAUUUUGGUGCAUGAUUGUGCAUCCUAGGAUUGAUUUAGAAGCAAUGCAGGUCAAAUUUCAAGGGGA